AUGCCUCUCAAUGAUGACCAGAACAGUGAUUCAGAUUCUUCACGCCUGUCUGAAAGCACAUCUUCUUCUAGCGACUCUGAAUAUUCAAGACAAAGCUUUAACAGUGAUUCUUCAAGCAAACCGAGUUCCCCAGCAUCAGCAAGCCCUCCGAAGACUAUUACAUUUGAUGAACUGAUGGCAGCUGCAAAAAAUUUGACAGACUGGACUCUAGCUCAUGAAAUUGCUGUAAAUACAAAUUUUUGCAUAAAACAUGACUUACCACAGAACAGCUUUGCAGGCACAGUGAAACAAAUUGUACACGAGGCCUUUUGGGAUCAUUUGGAAUCAGAACUGAAUGAAGAUCCUCCAGAAUAUGAACAUGCUAUCAAGCUCUUUGAGGAAAUUAAGGAGAUUCUUCUUUCCUUCCUGACUCCUGGAGCAAACAGGAUUCAUAAUCAAAUUUGUGAAGUUCUAGAUACAGAUCUUAUAAGACAGCAGGCAGAACAUAAUGCCGUUGAUAUUCAUGGGCUAGCUAACUAUAUCAUCAACACUAUGGGAAAGUUAUGUGCUCCAAUAAGAGACAACGAUAUAAAACAGUUAAAAGCAACUGACAAUAUCGUAGAAUUACUGAGACAAAUAUUCCGUGUUUUGGACCUGAUGAAAGUGGAUAUGGCUAAUUACAUAAUUCAAAACGUUAGGCCAUACCUUCAGCGUAACUUGGUGGACUACGAAAGAACAAAAUUCCAGGAAAUUCUUGAAGAAACACCAAGUGCCCUGAAUCUCACAACAGAAUGGAUAAAGGAAUCAAUAGAAGAUGAAUUGUCAUCUAUUUCUGAUGAAUCUUCAUCAUCCCCUGGUGCUGACAGUAGUUCUAAACCAACUAUUAGUCCAACACUGGUGCUAAACAACGGCUACUUGAAACUGUUACAAUGGGAUUAUCCUAAAACAAUUCCAGAGACUCUAAUAACAGAUGAAGUUCGUCUUCAGGAGUUGAGAGAAAAGCUCAAUCAGUUAAAAAUCAUAGCUUGUGUUUGCCUCAUAACAAACAAUAUGGUGGGUGCAGCAAUUGUAGAUGUGCCAGAUUUUGCUGAUCAACUGAAAAGGAUCUCUGUUCCUCUUCUUGAAGGCAUGAACAAGAAAACUUUUGAUUUGAAGGAGGCUCUGAAUACCAUUGGUGUCCACAUUUGCAGCAAAGUGAAUGGAUCUUUAACUGAAAGAGGUCUUCCUGCUCUUACUGAAGAAAUGCAGAGUAAUUUAGUGGGUCAAAUAGCUCAUAUUGCCGAGGAGAAUAAUCCCAUCAGUUCCUUGAUUGACAAACGAAUCCAGUUCUUCUUGAGAAGCUUGCUUGCUGUUCCGAGUGUUCAGAAGUGUAUGCCUGCUGUGCCAGGAGGCCUUUCUGUGAUUCAGAGAGAGAUGGAGUUUGUUGGAUCUCAGUAUGUGAGCAUUGUAAACUUUAAUAAAAAAGUGUAUGGACCAUUCUAUGCAAACAUACUUAGAAAACUACUUUUUCCUGAGGCACCAAUGGGGAAAGCAGAAACAGAAACACCUACCACUUAAAAAAAUGUAUUUCUGUACCCCUCUUUUUACCUU